GCGGAGAGACCUGUAUGUAAACAAUACAGAUCUCUCCUCUGUCAGCUCCUGCACACUGCUUUGUAUGGCUCUGCAUAGCACAGCCAUAUAAAGAAUUGUGCUUACAGUGGAAAGCACAUACACAGCACACAGUUAACCCUUUCAUCGACCCAGAUGUUAACCUCUUCCUGCCCAAUGUUAACCCCUUCCUGCCCAGUGUCAUUAGUACAGUGUCAGUGCUUUUUGUUACCACUGAUCACUGUAUUAGUGUCAGUGGCAGUUAGUUCCCCCCAGUGUCAGAAUGCCCUACGCAGUCCAGCUACAAGUCGCUGAUCGCUGCCAUUACUAGUAUAAAAAUA